AUGUCGAACUACGCGAAGUUUAUGAAGGAAGUGAUAUCAAAGAAACGGAAGUUAGAGGAGUAUGAAACAAGAAAAGAUAUAGGCAGUUUCACUAUUCCUUGCACCAUUGAAAACUCCUCUUUUGACAAAGCCCUCUGUGAUCUUGGAGCAAGCAUCAACCUGAUGCCUUUAUCAGUGUUCAAAAAGUUAGGCCUUGAGGAAGUCAAGCCAACAACAGUGAUUCCACAAGUAGCUGAUAGAUCCCUCACAUACCCCCGAGGGAUUAUUGAAGACGUGUUAGUAAAGGUCGACAAAUUUAUCUUCCCAGCUGAUUUUGUUGUAUUAGAUAUGGAAGAAGAUCAGAAAAACCCAUUGAUCUUAGGUAGGCCAUUUUUAGCAACAAGAAGAGCAUUGAUUAAUGUACAAGAAGGGCAUCUAACAUUAAGAGUGAAUGAAGAAGAAGCGAGAUUCAACAUUUACCAAGCAAUGAAGUACGCAGAUGACACUGACACUUGCCAUAUAAUUGACUUCAUUGAUUCUGCUUGCAAAGAUAUUAAGCAGUUAGUGGGAUCAGAUGAUAAAGAGAGUAAUGUAAGCAGCAAAAUUGAAUUGAAGCAAUUACCAAAUCACCUUCGCUAUACAUUCUUGGAGGACAAUUCUAAAUCUCCAGUUAUCAUUUCUUCAUCACUCACAAGGGAUGAAGAAGACAGAUUAUUGAAAGUGUUAAGGGAACACAAGGCUACUUUGGGAUGGUCUAUAGCUGACAUCAAGGGAAUAAGUCCUACAAUUUGCAAGCAUAAAAUUCUCGCGGAAGAUUUAUACAAGCCAUCCAUUGAACAUUAG